GGAUCAAGCAACGUGGGAACUGGGAAGGUACGCGCAGAUUGAUGGUCUGUGCACAUGCUAAGCUGGUCUUUGAGCUCGAUUGAUUGAUGGACCGGCGGGCGCUUCCAACUUGUGCUAAUCUUUCAAGCCCGUGAAUUAAAUCCCACCAACAUCAGUCGACUGCCAGCAGCUGCGGGACUGCAUCGGGCGCCAAUCGCAGCUAGACACCUUGUCCUUCUCCAAGCUUGAAAUCAAAACAACAAGGCGCUAUCCGCCCUUCCAACCACGAUUUCGCGAAGCAACAAACCCUCUCCCUUUUCGCAAGCUCGAGUCUUGCGACUUGAUAACUGAAUUUCGUGAUGGUUGCGCCGGCUGUACCCGAAAUCACCGAGGAGAUCCUCCACGAGGCCAUUGAUGCCCGCACAGAUCAGUUGAUCGCCUUGCGCGAGCUGGGCCCUCCAGACCUUGUCCACCUCACAAAACAACAGACACGGAGCCCUGGAAAGCAGAUUGGCGUCUACCACCAUGUCACAGGUGUCGACGCGUCAUCCUCGGCGAGCUUGGCGGCAUAUAUCAACACACUCACCUACAAAGACCAUGGCCAGGCUGCAACAACCAAGAUAGUCCAGGGAGUGUACUGUUGCUACAAUGCGCUAUCUCGCAUUGAUAUGCGAGUACACGUCACUAUCCCGGGUUCGGUCGAAAGCUAUGGUGUUGAUGAGAGGGGAGAGAAGCGGAAGGCUACCGACGAGCUAUGGCUGGAGACGUACCUCUGCAGCGUUCUGCGCGCCUACUCAUACGCGGACGACGGCAGUGGAGAGACCAUCAGGAAGAUAAUGGGCGUUCGCAGAUUCAAUCCCGUCACCAGCACGGAAACUGAGCAUCGAUUCCUCAGCGCUGCCGAGCAACUAUUCUUCAGAGGUUGGCAACUUGGGUCGGACUCGACUGUCCAAGUUCCCAACGUUGUCUCUAAUCACUUGGCAAGUGGUCUCCUGAGAUAUUUCCAGACGACUGGAAGGUUCGUCUCAGGUAUCAACCUUUUCGAGAAGUUGAGGUCACAAAAUGUUGAGGUUGCGUCAUUGCUCUCCAAGGUGCUUUUCUUGGGCAACGAGGAGGUGAAGGGUGUGCGCGUGCUGCAUCAAGCCUUGCAGGAAAUUCCUAUGGACUAUGUUAUGCUUGACGCUCAGGCAGAAUUCUUGCUGAAGAAGGCCAAGACCGCCACUACCCCUGAGCAGAAGGAGGAGAGGUUACGAAUGGCACUGGCUUGUGCCGAUAGGAGUACGAUUGCGGCACCGAGCGAGUUUGGCACGUGGGCCCGGCUGGCCGAGGUAUACGUUGCGAUGGAGGACUGGGAAAACGCCCUGACAAUCCUCAACUCAUGCCCAAUGUUCACCUACCAGGACAAGGACGCACCUCUGAUGCCGGAGCCCAAGGACGUUUAUUUGCCCACCUUGGUCGAGACACGAUUGGACGAGAUCGACAGCGAGCCAGAGGGUAGGUACAAUGAGCAGGUCGCUGAGCCACUUCUUAACUUGCGGGCAGCCGGUUACAGGGGUACUUUCAAGCACGCCUACAAGAUUCUGACCGAGAUGACUUCAAAGAUUGGAUGGGAUCAGUUGCUCAAGACCAGGAGUAUUGUGUUCGUAAUGGAAGAUGAAUACCAUAUGGAGAGGACAGAAGUGAGGGACUCGACUCAGGAACGUAGCGCGAGCACCGACGGUCUUCGGGGAUCUUCUCCGAACAACACCAAUACCGCUGCUGCUCAGGACGGUGAGUCUGACACAGACUCUCACAUUGAGACAGGGCCCGCGGAAAAGGCCGACUCGGCGGCGCCGAACGGGCAGGGCCUGGAAAAGCCGCUGACCACUGCUGAUCCUUCCGAGGUGAAAGAGGAUCAGGAGAAUGGCAUCGUACCGAGCGAUCAUUCCAAACUGAACAACAAGCGUCUUUGUGAACGCUGGCUAGACAGCUUGUUCAUGGUACUUUACGAGGACCUUCGGCAAUAUACAAUUUGGCGCACACAAAUGGCGCAACUCAAGCUGCAAUCUUUGCAGUACAAAAAGUCAGCCGAGGAAUGGGAGAUACUGGGAGCGCUGGCCGAGCGCCUUCACCACACAGAUGAGGCUGUCGAGGCGUACCGGGCCUGUCUGAGCCAACGAUUUAGCCCCAAGGCUCUCACAGGCAUACUACGAGCCUAUGAACGGAAGCCAAACAGCACCCGCGACACAGUGGCCGCGGUGAUUAGGCUUGUCACCUGGCAAUACCGUUGGUACUCGGAGUUCUCUCCCGAGCUACUCAACACUAUCCGGUCACUCAUCGAGGAUGAGGGCGCCGUCAAGGUCCGCAGCAUUAUCCAGGCUACGAGCCUGCCGCAGAACGUGCUUGACCUAACGCACCACUACGCCGCCCUUUGUGCAACAUUCCGCAGCAGCGGAACGGAAGGCUAGCCGUAGGGUUAUCUUGUGUAUUUAUGACUUUACUGGUCCACAGUCAGCUUUCUCAGAGGUGUGAAAAAAAAAGAAAAUGCGCAUUUACGUUUUGUGGGCGGCUUUUUCCCGCAUUAAAUAAACAUUUCGGGUUCUUUUCACAGGGCUAGCGGUCACGGGAGGCUUUUUGACAGAUGAAGGCAAUGAUUUAUACUACAGAUUCGGCAGAACUCGGUGAACUCCUUGGUCUUGCUCUAGACGGAUAACCAAUACAUUUUACGCAACGGGCUCCAUUGUUAUAUGCUCUAUCUUAUACACAUUAUUGAC